GCAGUCGAGCUGUUCACUACGUUUCUUUUCCUCUCUGUUACUGUUAUUCGUUUCACCAGGUUAUUGAAACUCGGAUUUUUUGAGGCCAAUAGCAGACGGUUAUUUUUCAAAUACUCUGUCAGUUUGUGUUGAGUUGUGCCAGUGUUUCGUGUGUUUGUUUUUUUCUCGUGAGUGAAACCUGCCAAUGUGAAAAAAGGGGGAAUUGCGGCUGCCAUGCAUAGAGAAAAGAAAAGAUAAAGAUUUGAAACGCAGAGCUUAUCCUAGUGAUCCCCGACUAUCAAUUAAAAGUGAUUGAAUGACUGAUUCCAGAACACGACGUGAGAAAGACUAACUUGGUCAAGUGUGAACCUAUUGGCCCUCUCCAUACGCUUUCAGUUCUAGAAAAUAAUCAAUCACACAAAAACAAAAAUAAACAUUACAGAAAAAACGUCAAAUUUUUUUAAACACAAAAAAAACCUCAAGGUCUUUUUAUCGUUUUUUUUUUCUAAUUCGAUUUCUUUUGAUCGAUUUCAAUCACCUCGUGUCUCGCUUGCUUUUCGUCUGCUGGGCGCCAAAUUGGUUAGUCGUCUUUAUCGACAGAUCGGAUUAACAUCGGUGUCGAAUCUCUUGUUAGUUUUUUUUUUUGCUGCAAUUGGAGUUUUUCUCAUCAGUUUGUUGUCCGUCACGGGCUACCAAUCUUUAAAAAGAUUUCAAUCACAACGACGCAGUUACGGAGAAAUAAGAACAACCAGAGCAGCUCGAUCUGAUUUUGAUUACGAGACUCUUCCAAACAGCUGCGAAAGAGAGGCUGACAACAACCUACUUCAAGACUGACGGUAGGCGUCGCUUCGAGCCAUGGAGUGCGUCGCGCCGAGACGCUGCAAUCGACGAGAUUUGCGAGCGGGCGGCUGUGCCGCCACAGCCUCGGCCGUUCUUCUACUAAUGACUGCCAUCAUGGUCCCCUUAGGAUCAGCACUCGACGCUAGUCGAUGCGUCGGCGCCUUGGGCAUGGAAUCGGGAGCCAUCCGCGACGAGGACAUCGCCGCCAGCUCGUCCUUCGACGGCGCCAGCGUCGGACCGCACAACGCCAGGGUGCGCGUGGAGAGAAAUGGAGGAGCGUGGUGCCCUCGCCAACAGGCCACUCAUCAGCCUCGUGACUGGCUCGAGAUCGAUUUGAAAACGGACCACGUCAUCACGGCCGUCGAGACCCAAGGACGUUUCGGCAAUGGACAAGGCCAGGAAUUCGCCGAACACUUUCUACUGGAAUAUUGGCGCGAUUCUUUGGCCAAAUGGGUUCGAUACAAGGACGCUAAAAGCGAAGAGGUAAUGGCGGGCAAUACCAACACUUAUGUGGCCGAGAAACGCGAACUGGAUCCGGUGUUGAUCGCCCGCAAGCUUCGCUUCUUCCCGUACAGCCAUCACCGUCGAACUGUCUGCAUGCGAGUAGAAAUUUACGGCUGCCCGUGGUCGGAGGGUAUUGCCAGCUAUUUGAUGCCGCAGGGAGACCAGCGCGGGGCCGGCUGGCAGUUCUACGACGCUUCUUACGACGGCAUCUGGGACGGCUCUUUACUACGCCAGGGACUGGGCCAGCUGACUGACGGUAAACUCGGUCCCGACAACUUCAAAGCCAGCUACUACGACCAGGAUCGAGGCUGGGUCGGGUGGCGUAACGACUCGCGCAACGGCCAGCCCGUCGAGAUCGUCUUCGAGUUCGACACGGUCCGCGACUUCACAUCGCUCAGUAUCUUCGCCAAUAAUCAGUUCACCAAAGAUGUCCAGAUUUUCUCCGAGAUGCAAGUGCAUUUCAGCGUUGGAGGACAAGUGUAUCCGGGUGAGCCAAUCAUCUACCGACCUGCCGAGGAUCGCAUCUUUGAGAAUUCACGCAACAUCAGCAUUAAGCUGCACCACCGGGUCGGACGCUACGUCAAACUGCGUUUGUCUUUCCCGACUGCUCCGGCUCGUUGGAUCCUCAUCAGCGAGGUCUCGUUCCGUUCAGAACCGGCCGCUAGGAAUUACACGACCGAAGUAGAUGGCAGUCCCGUCACUCCGCCAGCCGCCGCACCCAUUCCGCCCGUCUCCAAUUUGCCACUCCCGCCAAGCGGUCACGAAGUCGGCACCAACGCCGGCUCGCCGGAUCAAACCAACGAAACGAGCCCACCUACCAGAGAGAGCCAAACCUAUAUGGCUGUCAUCGUCGGUGUUCUGGUGGCCGUCAGUUUCCUCCUAGCGGCUGCUAUUUUCUUCAUGAUAAUGCGAAGACGCCAACGCAAGAGCCUGUCCGGCAGUCCGCUACCAGACAAAGCCGGCUGGGCAUCUCAGGUUGGCGGCCAGCCCAGUCCUCGUUUGCUGGACGGGCAAGUCGGCGACCAUCACGAAGACCAUUUGUUGCAGCAUCAUCGAGGGAAGAUCUACAACAAGAACAGCACUCUGCCGUACGGCAACAACGGGACGGACCUGUCGCGCUCGGACGCCGCCUCGCAAUACUUGCUGCCUCACUCGCCGGCCAGCGCCCAUUUGACUAGGACCGAGUACCAGGAGCCUUAUCACGCCCUGCGCUUCUCACCUUAUUACAGUUACAGCACUCUGUUGCUGGCCGGAACUGAAGGUGCUCCCAAAAAGGCCAACACAUCCGCAGUUUCAGAUACGUACGACUAUGCCGUGCCGGAUGUUAGCGGGAUUAGCAGCUGCAGCACUGCCCAUCAACCCCUACUAAUCCAGCCAUCUCUACAAAAACAACAUCAUCCGCUUAAGCCCAAAUUGCCUGUCGCUUCGCCACCUCCGCACGCAAUCGAAAUCGACACUUUGGCCUCAUCUUCUCAUUCCACGACGACCACUGGCUCGACAUCCUCAGCGUCCGUCCGUCUAGGAGGCAGCAAGAACAACAAUCAAAUCGGCCACUUGAACGGCAUUAGCGAAUCCAGCCCAUUGAAAAAGCCGAUCGACCGAGCAGAAUUAUUGUCCGCUCUGAAAUCACGGGCCGAAUCGCUGAUCAUACCGGAAUUACCACGUAGCAAAUUGCAUAUGGUCCAACGCAUCGCCAGUGGCGCGUUUGGUACCGUCUACAAGGCCGAAGCCGAACACAUUCCCGAGUAUGGUAGCGCCGUCUACACUUCACGGCGGCUGGUGGCCGCCAAAUACCUUCCCAAUACCUCCGACAAAGACAAGUCUGGAUUCUACCAGGAAGUGAGGCUACUGGCCGCUUUGGACGAUCCUCACCUGUCGCGCGUUCUGGGCGUUUGCACCGCUGAAGAGCCAUUUUGCGUCGUUCUAGAAUAUCUGGAAUUCGGCGAUCUGAACCAAUUUCUCAAAUUGCAUCGAUUCCGACCGGAUAGCCACCACAACUCGUCCGAUAGCCGCAAUAACAUAUCAAAAACGUUCUCUACCCCGGACGAAACGUUAACAAUGGGCAGUUUGAUAUUUAUGGCAAGUCAGAUCGCCUCCGGAAUGCGCUAUCUGGAAUCGCUAAAUUUCGUCCACCGCGAUUUGGCCGCCAGGAACUGUUUGGUAGGCAAAGGACUCCAGGUCAAAAUUUGCGAUUUCGGUACAGACAGUGACAUUUACGGAUUGGAUUAUUAUCGCGCGGAAGAUCAGCUAAUCGGCUUACCAGUUCGCUGGAUGGCAUGGGAAUCCGUAAUACAGGGGAAAUAUACGACCAAGAGUGACGUGUGGGCAUUUGCAGUGACACUGUGGGAAAUACUGGUCCUUGCCCGGCAGCGCCCUUACCAAGAGCUUAGCGACGAUGCAGUUGUAGAUAAUUUGCAGCAUUUUGCACAGGGAACGGUCGUCAGCGCACCCCCGUGCGUUUCGCUGCUGAGACCGCAGCACUGCCCUCGCGAUAUUUACGAUUUGAUGUGCGAAUGCUGGCGGCGGUUGCCCACUGAACGGCCUUCCUUCCGCGAAAUCCAUCUUUUCCUGCAGCGCAAGAACCUCGGCUAUUCACCCACCUUGAAUGAAUCCGAAUUUGCAAGAUAACAAAAAGUCCUGUAAGUUUUCUCCAAAACAACAAGAACAAAAAAAAAUUUGAGUUGGCACGAAAAUUCGCGGCCACCUCGAUGGAGCUAAAUAUUUAAGUCCGUUAUAUUCUCGACAAUUUUUACUAUCCAAUGGUCAACGUGUUUUUAUUUAUUUUUUUUUUCAUCGCUAUAAUACUCACGUUUUUCUUUUACGGAACAAGCUUUUAUCUCAGAACCGUUUUUGUUGCGUUCCACAAACGGCGAGCAUGAAAGCGAUCCAUUUGCAAAAUUGAGUGACAUUGUGUCGGAUCAAAGUGUUGGGAUAUCUCCGCUAUUCCGGAGAGCUUCUCUUUAUUGCUAUUUCGUGUCUGACUUUUUGGUAUUGUACAACCAAACUUAUCAGUCGAGGAUCACCCUGUUACGCUGUAAAUACUUUAUCUGUAAACUUCCCAGUCAAAACCCACGAACAUGUACAUCUGUUAAAUAUAAUUUUAAUACACUAUCGACAGCA